AUGAUGACUGAGGCACAAGGACCUGUCGUGAGCAUCGGCAGCGCGACUGUCACAUAUGACCAUCCGCCAAUCAUUUCUCCUGUAUCUUAUCCAAAGGCACGUCCCACUCAAAUUCUCGAUAUUCGCAAGCGGACGUCUCGGAUAGACCUGUAUCAUGAAAUCUUGGCUGGGCUCCGGGCUAAAGAUAAAGAAUUGCCUUCUCUUCUACUAUGGAAUGACCGGGGCUUGGACCUCUUUAGUGAGAUACUGAAUAGCGAUGAGUACUAUCCACGUCGGCGGGAAACGCAGUUGCUCCAGACGCAUGUCAAUGAAUUCACGCGCUCAAUCUCGUCCGGCGAAAGAUUAAUAGAGCUCGGUGCGGGCAACCUCCAAAAGACGGUGUCAGUACUGCGCUGCCUGGAGCAGAGUAGAAAACAUGUGGAAUACUGUGCACUAGAUGUCAGUCAUGCUGCCUUGCAGGCCAGCAUCACUGAGCUCAAAGCACAACUUCCAUUUGCCUCAUAUGUCACCAUCCGCGGGCUCCUGGGUACAUACAACGACUGCGCUUCAUGGUUGAAGCAGAGCGGAGCCACCGUGCGCACAACCUUUCUCUGGCUGGGAAAUAGCAUCGCCAACUUCGAGCCAGAAGACGCAACAAGCAUCCUGGCAGACUUCCUUCAGACCAAGGCAUCCCCGUCUCACUCCCCACAAAUGAUCAUUGCAGUGGAUGGUUGUCAGGAUGUGGAGCAGAUUCUCGAAGCGUAUGACAUGCCGAACAAACUAUCCCAGAAGUUCGUUUUUAACGGACUGUCGCAUGCAAAUCAAAUUCUUGGGUCUGAGGUGUUUAGGCCCCAGCAUUGGACAUUUGAGGGGAAGUGGAAUCCAGUCAAAUCCAUGCAUGAAAGCUUUUACGUCGCAAAGAAGCCUAUGAGCUUGGAUAUUGGCAAUGAGAGGUUCCACGUCCACGCUGGGGAAAAGAUCCGGGCCAUUACCAGUGGGAAAUGGCCGAAGGAUAAAGUCACGAGCAUUUGUCAAUCGGCAGGCAUAAAGGUUCUGAAGGGAUGGACGGAUGAGGAAGGUUCUUAUGCUAUGAAGGGGGCGGGAUGGAAGGUUUUGUUAUGUGCAUUUGCUGCAUUGGAUUUAAGACUACGUACCAAGCAAGUUUUAUAA